AUGUCCAUUGAGAACGAGCAGAGGGCCGAGAGUAGUGAGACAAUCGCCAGCAUUCCCACACUUUCGCCAUCCGAAAUACCACAUAGAAACAUGGCCAUAUCGUACUAUUGCGAUACGGAUGACGAGAUGUCAAAUGUGCCCAAUCCGAGCGGCUCCAUCGAGGGCGAUCCGAGCGAGCUGGAUGAAUUUCGCUGCAUCGUGUGCAGGACGCUGCCCUACACAACGCUCUAUCAAUGCCAAUACGAGCACAUCAUCUGUGCGGGCUGCUAUCAGAUGCGCGUGCUGGACAAGAUGCUGGGCGCGCAGCUGGGCACCUGUCCACAGUGCAACGUGCGCAUCUAUCGGCACGAGGCCGAGCGCAACCUGCAUGGCGAGCGUCGGCUGGCCGAGGUGCUGGUCGCCUGCGAGGCGUGUGGCUUCAGCUUGCAGCGCGCUUUCCUGCGCAUGCACUGCCAGACGGACUGUCCUCUGCGGCUGGUGGCGUGCAAGUACCGGCGCAUCGGCUGCAAGUGGAAGGGCGUGCUGGGCGCGGCUGCCGCCGAGCAUGAGCAGGAGUGUGAGUAUCGGAGCAAGCGGGGAGUGCAGCUGCUGGAGGAGCUGCAGCAGCUGCAAGCGGAGCGCGACUCCAAGCAGUGCUUGCUGGGCAAGAUAAUGAAGCUUCUGCAAUUGCCGCAUAUCACAGUGCGGCUGCUGCAGCUGCUGCCACACACGGAGGGCUUUCCGCGCAACGCUUUCAAGAUCUGCAGCUUCUUCGCUGCCUUCAGCCAGAGGUGGUCCAUUCAGCUCAAGUGGCAGACGCCCGAUGGCGUCGAGGAGCCGGCCGAUCAGCAGAGCUGCACAUGCAGUCUGCUCUUCCAGCUCCGCCUCGAAUCGCCGAGCACCUGUCGCGGCGCCCUGGGCCUCACCUACACCCUGGUCAGCGGCACCUACUCGGAGGUGCGUUUCCAGCCAAAUCUGUGCGAGAAGUGUGAAUUCACGCGGGAUAAUGUCUGCGGCCCCCUGACCCUAAUCUACAAGAGCUCUUGGCCGAAUUGCGCAAAGCUUCUGAACGAACGUGGUUUCUACGCUCGCCUGCUAAUGGCUCGUAUAUGA